UAAAUUAUUCUGUCAAAAUUCUAGCGCUGAUGAUGAAGAAGCAUCAUUUUCAUUUUUAUCCAAUUUUCUGAUCCGAAAUUAGUUUAGUCUACUUACUAAACUGUAUGUAUUUUAAUUUACUAAAUACCAUAUUCCGUGAGUUUUCACAUUGUUUAAGGAGGACAAGGAAACAGUGAAAUAAAUAUAUAAGUUGUGAUAACUCCAACAUAAUGGCCGAUGUUAGAGACAUUCUCGAUCUGGAACGCCCGGCCACCCCGGAGCUGACCAAGGAAUCAGUGCUGGCCAAAAACAAGAAGAUCUAUGAAAAAAAAUUAGCUGUUAAACGUCCGGAGGGCAUGCACCGGGAGGUGUUUGCUCUGUUGUACAACGACAACAAAGAUGCACCGCCGCUUCUUCCAACGGAUACCGGAACCGGUUACAAGCAAGCCAAAGCUCGGCUGGGCAUGAAAAAAGUGCGCCGCUGGGAGUGGGCACCGUUUUCCAAUCCAGCCCGAUCGGACGCUGCAGUGUUCCAUCACUGGAAACGUUGCUCGGAUGAACCGAAGGAGUAUCCCUUCGCUAAGUUUAAUAAGCAGUUGGAGAUACCCACUUACAAUAUAACUGAGUACAAUACCCAUCUGAAAACGAAUCCAACAAAGUGGUCAAAGCCUCAAACGGAUCAUUUAUUUGAUUUAGCUAAGAGAUUUGAUGUUCGGUUCAUUAUCAUGACGGAUCGCUGGGAUAUAGCAAACUACGGCAGCAAAACUGUCGAAGAUUUGAAGGAGAGAUAUUAUGAGGUGGUUGGUAUUUUGAACAAGGUACGAGGAACACCGGAAAAAAAGAUUUACACAUUUGAUGCUGAUCAUGAGCGCAGACGGAAGGAACAACUCAAAAAGUUGUUUGAUCGUAGUCCGAAGCAGAUUGAGGAAGAGCAAAUGCUCCUGAAUGAAUUGAAGAAAAUCGAAGCUCGGAAGAAGGAACGCGAGCGUAAGACUCAGGACUUGCAGAAGUUAAUUUCGCAAGCGGACCAGCAGCAGGCAGAGCUACAGCAACAGCAUUCCACCAGUGCGCAUAAAAAGCACGACAAAAAGCUCAAGAAGAAAAUCCAACAGCAGCCACGUCCAUCUAAGGUGGAUUCGGUGGUCAAUGCAGUGGAAUCUGCUGGCAUCAAGUUUACCGAUUUGCGCGGAACUGGCGUUUCGUUGCGGUCGCAAAAGAUGAAGCUUCCGGCCAACGUUGGACAGAAAAAGGCCAAAGCACUGGAACAGGCACUGCAGGAGUUCAAGGUGGAUCCGAACCCACCGCCGAUCGAGGAAAUAUGCGUCGCCUUCAAUGAACUUCGGUCCGAUAUGGUUCUGCUGUGCGAGCUGCGAACGGCACUUGCGACGUUUAACUUCGAGCUAAACAGCUUGAAGCACCAGUACGAGGCAUUGUGCCCGGGCAAAACGCUGAACAUUCCAGCUGCACUGGUUAAUCCACCGGCGGAAGAUGUCUCCGGGCUGAGUGAGUUGGACGUCUCCGCAUUAGUUUAAGGUAAAGCUUGCAAGUUGUUUGUAGGAUUCAAAAACAUGACUGUGUGUUUGUGUCA